AUGCAGCAGCAGGAGCACGGCGUGCAGCAACAGAAGCACGAAGUGCAGCAGCAGCACGACGUGCAGCGGCAGCAGCACGAAGUACAGCAGCAGCAGCACGACGUUCAGCAGAAACAUCACGAAGUGCAGCAGCAGCAGCACGACGUGCAGCAGCAGCAGCACGACGUGCAGCAGCAGCAGCACGACGUGCAGCAGCAGAAACACGAAGUGCAGCAGCUGGAGCACGAAAUGCAGCACCACGAAGUGCAGCAGCAGCAGCAGCGGCACGAAGUGCAGCAACAGCAGCAAGAGGUGCAGUAG